CUCCCAGCCGCUUCCUGUCCUGCUCGCCGCACCGCCUCCUGCAGUGUCCCGGGACGGCGCCGGGCCCCGUAGUCCCCGGAGGUACCCCGUGGUGCCAGCUGCACCAUGCAGUCCCGCCUCCUCCUCCUCGGGGUCCCGGGCGGCUUCGGCGACGUGGCCUCGCGGCGCGUGCUACUGCUCCUGCGGCAGGUGGUACGGGGCAGGCCCGGUGGGGACCGGCAGCGACUGGAGGUCAGACUGAUGCACGCCUCCGCCGGGGUGACAGACUCAGGUGAUACAGUUAAUAUUGGAGAUGUGUCCUACAAGCUGAAAACACCCAAGAACCCGGAACUUGUCCCACAGAACUACAUUUCAGAAUCUCCGGCUCAGUCCAUAGUCCAGCAUCUGAGAUGGAUAAUGCAGAAGGAUCUGUUGGGGCAAGAUAUCUUUCUCAUAGGACCUCCUGGGCCUCUUCGGCGCUCUGUUGCCAUGCAGUACUUGGAACUGACCAAACGAGAGGUGGAAUACAUUGCCCUGUCGAGAGACACCACUGAAACUGACCUCAAACAGCGCCGGGAGAUCCGAGCUGGCACGGCUUUUUACAUAGACCAGUGUGCUGUUCGCGCUGCCACAGAAGGCAGGACGCUGGUUUUGGAAGGCUUGGAAAAGGCAGAGAGAAACGUGCUUCCAGUAUUGAACAACUUGUUGGAGAACCGGGAGAUGCAGCUUGAAGAUGGGCGCUUCCUGAUGUCUGCGGAGCGCUACGACAAGCUUCUCCAAGAUCACACCAAAGAAGAGUUGGAUGCUUGGAAGAUUGUCCGAGUUAGUGAACAUUUCCGAGUGAUUGCCUUGGGCUUGCCAGUGCCCAGGUACCCUGGGAAUCCACUAGACCCCCCUCUGCGUUCUCGAUUUCAAGCCAGGGAUAUUUAUUUUCUACCCUUCAGAGACCAGCUAAACCUGUUAUAUUCAGUUGGAGCCAAUGUUUCUGCUGAGAAGGUUUCUCAGCUCUUGUCCUUUGCCAUAACUCUCUGCUCCCAAGAAUCCUCUGCACUUGGACUUCCAGACUUUCCUUUAGAUAGUUUGCCAGCAGCGGUUCAAAUCCUGGACUCCUUUCCUAUGAUGUCAAUUGAACAUGCAAUCCAGUUGAUGUAUCCGUACACUAUUUUACUAGGACACGAAGGGAAGAUGGCUGUGGAAGGUGUUUUAAAACGCUUUGAGCUCCAUGGUUCUGGAAACUCUAUGCUUCCUAAGGACAUCGUAAGAGUGGAGAGGAUGACUGACAGCCACGGCUCCCAAGCUCACGUGACAAUCCGAGUGGCCGGAAAAGAGGUGACCAUUAAGGUGCAAGCUGGGACUAGAGCUGUCAAUCAGCCUGUUGCAUCUGACCGUUUCAUUCAGACUCCAAGCCACAAGCAGUUGCUGGCUGAAAUGAUGCAGUCUCACAUGGUGAAGGAUAUAUGUUUAAUUGGAGGAAAGGGUUGUGGCAAAACCGUCAUUGCUAAGAACUUUGCUGAUAUCUUAGGAUACAACAUAGAACCCAUCAUGCUCUAUCAGGAUAUGACAGCACGUGACCUGCUACAGCAGCGGUACACACUCCCCAAUGGUGACACUGCCUGGAGAUCCUCACCCCUUGUGAAUGCUGCUCGAGAAGGCAAGCUGGUCCUGUUGGAUGGCAUUCACCGGGUCAACGCUGGCACGCUAGCUGUAUUGCAAAGACUAAUCCAUGACCGCGAGCUCAGUCUGUAUGAUGGAUCACGGCUGCUGAGGGAAGACAGGUACCUGAGCUUGAAGCAGGGACUACAGCUAACAGAUGAGCAACUGCAGGACAGAUCCAUUUUCCCUAUCCACCCCUCCUUCAGAAUCAUCGCUCUGGCAGAGCCCCCCGUUGUUGGAAGCGCCACGCAGCAGUGGCUGGGACCGGAAUUCUUAACUAUGUUCUUUUUCCAUCGCAUGAAGCCGCUUGUGAAAACUGAAGAAAUCCAGGUGAUACAGGAAAUGGUCCCAAAUGUACCUCAGGACGCUUUGGAGAAACUGCUGUCAGUCACACACAAACUCAGGGAGACCCAGGAUCCGACAGCACAGUCCCUGGCAGCAUCACUUUCCACCCGGCAGCUGCUGCGGAUUGCUCGACGGCUGUCGCAGUACCCCAACGAAAAUCUUCAUGAUGCCAUUACGAAAGCCUGCCUUUCCAGGUUCUUACCGAGCCUCGCUAGGUCAGCGCUGGAGAAGAACCUGGCAGACGCUGCGAUAGACAUAAGCCCUGGCGACAGCCUGGAGCCGGAGCUGGAGAGCUACAAGUGUGAGAUAGUGUCCGGCUCUCUGAGGAUCGGCGCCGUCAUCGCCCCAGUGUACAAUGCCCAGGAGAAGAUGAAAGUGCCCGACGUUCUCUUCUAUGACAACGUUCAGCACAUGGUAGUGAUGGAAGACAUGCUCAAGGACUUCCUCCUUGGAGAACACUUACUAUUGGUCGGGAACCAGGGUGUAGGAAAAAACAAGAUCAUGGACCGGUUCCUUCACCUGCUCAACAGACCCCGAGAAUACAUCCAGCUGCACAGGGACACCACGGUACAGACGCUGACCCUGCAGCCCUCAGUAAAAGAUGGACUGAUUGUGUAUGAAGACUCACCUCUGGUUAAAGCGGUAAAGAUGGGUCAUAUUCUGGUAGUAGAUGAGGCAGACAAAGCACCAACAAAUGUCACCUGUAUUUUGAAAACUCUGGUAGAAAAUGGAGAAAUGAUUCUAGCAGAUGGAAGGCGCAUUGUUGCACAUGCUGCUAAUGUGGAUGGAAGAGAAAACGUUAUCGUGAUUCAUCCUGACUUUAGGAUGGUAGUUCUGGCCAACAGGCCUGGCUUCCCUUUCUUGGGCAAUGAUUUCUUUGGCACUUUAGGUGACAUCUUUAGCUGUCAUGCCAUUGAUAACCCCAAACCCCAUUCAGAGCUUGAGAUGCUCAAACAGUAUGGCCCAAAUGUGCCUGAACCCAUCCUUCAGAAGCUUGUGGCGGCUUUUGGAGAGCUGAGGAGCUUGGCUGACCAAGGGAUUAUUAACUAUCCUUAUUCUACCAGAGAAGUUGUCAACAUUGUCAAACACUUACAGAAAUUUCCCAACGAAGGGCUCUCCAGUGUGGUUCGAAAUGUGUUUGACUUUGACUCUUACAACAGCGACAUGCGGGAAAUUUUGACGAACACCAUGCACAAAUAUGGGAUCCCAAUUGGAGCAAAACCUACCAAUGUGCAUCUGGCAAAGGAGUUGCCUCUCCCAGAGCAGACGUUCAUGGGCUACUGGAUAACCGGUCAGGCAGGAAAUGGGAUGCCAAAGAUCUUGUGUCCAGUUGAAACGUCUCAUAUCGACGUAAAGGGUCCGGUGCUUGCAAACAUAGAAGAGUACCCAAUAGAAAGGCAUGAAGCGAGAUUCCUAAACUUCACCGAAGAGUAUACCUCAUGGAGGUUUCCACUGGAUGAAGUUAAUUUAAUCUGCGACGUUGCAGUAUCACACGAAAAUGGGGAGCACACCCUGUAUGUAGCUGCAUGCAAUCCCAUUUCCUUAUACUUUAUGAAUUUAACUGGAAAAAGUGGCUUCUUGGUGGACUUCUUUGACAUCUUCCCAAGAAUGAUCAGUGGAUCCUGGAGACCAUUUGUGACAAUAGCACCGCUGGGAAGUCCACUCCGGGGUCAAGUUGUCCUGCAUGAGGAGCAGAGUAACGUCAUCCUCUUGUUAGACACCGCUAGCCGUGCUGUUCGCCAUCUCAUCCUUCCUGUAGAAGAGUCUGUAUCUAAGAAAUCUUCCUGGUGGAACAAGGAAGGCGGUGAGACUUACAGAAUGUGUAAAGAAUUUUCACACAAAAACUGGCUAGUAUUCUACAAACAAACAGGGGAUACGUUGAUUGUCCUGGAUGUCUUGGAAGGACGAACUCACACCAUCUCUCUUCCCAUCAACCUCAAGACAGUUUUCCUUGUAGCAGAGGACAAAUGGCUUCUUGUGGAGAACAAAACAAAUCAGAAAUACCUUUUGACUAAGCCUGCACACAUUGGUUCUGAGGACAUUGGGGCUUGCCAGUUGUAUAUGUUGAAAGAAGAGCUGCCCAGCACAGGAUUUGGGGUCACACAAGAAACAGAAUUCUGCAUACCUCAUAAAGUCUCGAGUGAGCAGCUGUCGUCUGAAAACCUUAGUUCAGCUGUGGGUCAGAAGAUCGCCUCUCCUAACCGUAUUCUCUCGGAUGAAAACAGCUAUGCUACUGUAGUUGUUGGCUUCCCGGAUCUCAUGUCACCAAGUGAAGUUUAUUCAUGGAAGAGGGCUUCAUCUUUGGAAAAGCGCAAUGUCACCAACACAGGAAUCUAUGGAGGGAAACGAACAAACGUUACCCCAAGGCACAGGAACUGUGUGACUCUCACGCACACUAACCAGGUGGUCAGGAUCCUGCCUGCCGGAGAAGUCCCUCUGAAAGACAUCUUCCCGAAGGGUGUUACCCCCCCACAGACAGCUGGCUACAUAGAGGUUACUGAUCUUCAAGCAAAGAAACUCCGAUACAUCCCUGUCCCCAGUGCAGAGUCCCUCUCGCCGUACACCGCGUGGAUAUCUGCUGUUUCGGACACAGAUGCUCUACUGGCUGAGUGGGACAAAAGCGGCAUCGUGACUGUUGAUAUGGGAGGGCGUGUCAGGCUUUGGGAAACCGGACUUGAACGGCUGCAGCAAUCGCUCAUGGAAUGGAGAAACAUGAUUGGACAAGACAGUGACAGACCUCUGCAGAUAACAAUCGAAAGAGACAGUAAUGAAGAUGUGAGUGACCCUAAACAUGGCAAGGAGGACCCAGACAACAUGCCCCACGUGGGUGGCAAUACCUGGGCUGGUGGAACAGGGGGAAGAGACACUGCAGGUCUUGGUGGCAAAGGGGGUCCUUAUCGCUUGGAUGCGGGCCACCCAGUGUAUCAGGUUUCUGAGGCAGAAAAGGAUGCUGUUCCUGAGCAUGUCAAGAGAGCUGCAAGAAAGAUGGCCCAGAAAGCAUUUCAGCAGAGGCUAAAGGAGAUCCAGAUGAGCGAGUAUGACGCCGCCACCUAUGAGAGGUUUUCUGGCGCGGUCCAGCGGCAGGUGCACGCUCUCCGAGUCAUCCUGGAUAACUUACAGGCCAAAGGUAAAGAAAGACAGUGGCUAAGACACCAAGCUACUGGGGAACUAGACGAUGCCAAGAUCAUUGAUGGGCUGGCUGGAGAAAAAGCCAUCUACAAACGUCGGGGUGAUCUGGAACCUCAACUGGGUAGCCCACAGCAGAAACCCAAGCGCCUGCGCCUGGUGGUGGACGUUUCGGGCAGUAUGUACCGCUUCAACGGGGUGGAUCGCCGGCUGGAGCGCUCCAUGGAGGCCGUGUGCAUGGUCAUGGAAGCCUUCGAGAACUAUGAGGAGAAGUUCAAGUACGACAUCGCUGGACACUCGGGAGAUGGCUACAACAUUCGCCUUGUUUCAGCUAACAAAAUCCCCAAGGAUAACAAGCAGAGACUAGAAAUCCUGAAGACCAUGCACGCCCACUCACAGUUCUGCAUGAGCGGGGACCACACCCUGGAGGGGACAGAGCACGCCAUCAAGGACAUUACCAAAGAAGAAGCCGAUGAAUACUUUGUUAUCAUCUUAAGCGAUGCCAAUCUGUCGCGAUAUGGAAUAAAUCCUGCCCGGUUUGCACAGAUCCUAACAAGUGACCCUCAAGUUAAUGCCUUUGCCAUUUUUAUUGGCUCCUUAGGGGACCAAGCAGCCAGAGGGCCUGCCUCCGCGCCUGCCUCCGCGAUGCUGUGCUCUGCGGUACAGACCCUCAUAAGCCAGGGAGGGUCCAGCCCCACGGCUGCUGUCGUGUCCACAGCUCCAGAGAACUCUGCCAGCUGGCCGGUCUUUUGUCGCUAUGGACACCCAGAAGAUCCCUCAGAUUUUACAACAGAUCUUCACCUCCACCAUGCUGUCCAGUAUCUAAGAAGCACCCUUCACCACCCAGGAUUGGAAGCCAGACGGAAGGAAGUAGAGAGAACUCUGGAAAGACAGCGGCCAUGCCAGUCUGGGCCGUGGCAGGACCUGCUGUCCAGCAGUGAGUGGACUGCUAAAUGGAAACGCACUCUGGAAGGGUUUAGGUCUGCAGAGAAAAUGGGUUGACCUGCAUUUCUUAAAAGGUCAGGGUUGAAGGAAGUAGGUGCAGGAACUACGGGGCUUGGUCUAGUUCCAAACCCAAAGGAUAAAAAAAUACCCACUUUUGCCUUAAUACGUCAUCCGUUGCCAGUUGCCAUCCCAUAGCCAAGCCCUUAAGGCCAUAGCUGACACUAAGGACUAAGUUUCCAAAAGUCUGCAAACCCCACCCAACAUGUUCCUGUCUAGAAUUAUUUUUGCUUUCUCUCCACUGUGUAUUGCCCAGCAAAUAACAAUUUUGCAGCCUUUAACCCACUGAAAAGCAUUUGGGCAAUAGUACUUUAUGAGAUGUUGGAUUCUCUCAAAAAUCCUCUUCUCUUAACUGAAAGGAACCAAAAGAUCCUCAGGGUGCCUGCUGUCCCCCAUGGCUUCUGAAUGGCUCUUCAGAUAAUAGAGAGCCAGUAUCCUAUCCUCUCUCAAGGAUAAAAAUACCCGGCCCUGAGUUCCCUGAAUCCUGCCUUUAGCGCUUUUCCAGAGUCCCACAGUGGAGAACACUUUGCUGUCCAAAUUGCAGCGAUGAAAGUAGCAAAUGCUUAUGAGAGAGAUUAUGUCUGACAGAUUACACAAAGUUAAAAGGAAUACGUUUGGCUGAUAUUCGCUGGAGAUUUCUUUAGGUUUAACUAAAGAAAAACAUACUUUUCUUUUCAACUAAAUUUUCUUUCCAAGUGUACCUACUCACAUUUUUUAGAAACACAUGUUCCAACAAGAUGGCUCUCACAAGCCGUCUAAUAAAAUGCUCUUCGCAGCUGGCCAUGACGUCAGAAGUGCUGGGAGCGUCUGAUGUGUGUGCUUACUUACUGUAAGCUAGAAAAACUAACCUCAUUGAUGAUGUUACCCUAGUCAUGUGCACUGUCAUUGUACGGGCCUGCAAAUUCAUUUUGCUUAACUAUAGGGCAAAAGAAAUGUCACCCAAUUGUAACGCCCCAUCUCCUGUUCAUCAGUUGUCACAGAAAUAAAAAGCAGUCGAUUCCCAA